AUGCCUCUGUACGAGAUCUCCCAUGUCACGCCUCUGAGCGACACCGAGAAAGACGAGCUGGCCCAAGCAAUCACAAAAGUCCACACCAGCCGAUUCACCACGCCAAGUCUUUUCGUCAACGUCAGGUUCAUCGAUGUGCAGAACGAGAGCUAUUAUGUGGGCGGCAAGCGACACGCGACGAACCGCAUCAACGCCCUAGUCCGCACCGGUGGCGGCAGGACGAAUGACAGCUUCAACGAACUCGCCCAGGAAGUCCAUGCUGCAUGGGACAAAGUUCUCGGUGGUGCCAGUCAAAAUCUCAAAGGAGCCAACGGCGCCAACGGCGCCAGCACCAAAAUCCCCCGCGGCGACGAGAGGGAGCUCAGAGCCGUUUUCAUCCAGGGGGAAAUUGUGGCUGGCGUCGAGGCUGGCUUCACGAUACCAAGUGCCGGAGGAGACGUCGAAUGGCUCAAGGGCAACCUGGGCCAGUUCAAAAACCUUGCGGCCGAGGGGCACCAGGACUUCAUUGACCUGGUGGAAGAAGUACACGGCAGGCAGGACCUCAAGAACGUGCUGGCCGCUUUGAAGUUCCCACAAGCACAAACACCCGGACACAACAAGGCCGCCAAGAUGCCGUACUCUCCAACCAUCGGCUCCGGCCUCGACACCCUGGACACGCCGUCCAUGAUAGUCGACCUCGACCUCAUGGAGUCCAACAUCCAGAAGCUCUUCUCCACGCUCCUCCCCACGGGCCGCAACAUCCGCCCCCACUUGAAGACCACCAAGUCCGCCGCCCUGGCGCACAAGCUCGUCGCAGCCGGCGCAAAGGGCUGCUGCGUCGCCAAGGUCUCCGAGGCCGAGGCCAUCACCGCCGCGGGGUUCGACGGCGGGGAUCACGGGAUCCUGAUCACCUGCGAGAUUGUCGGCCCCGUCAAGGUGCGCAGGCUCGUCGAGCUGUUCCGGAAGCACAGGACGAUUAGGAUCGUGGUGGACAGCGAGGCUGGGGCGUCAGCGAUCAACGAGGCCCUAGAAAAGGAAGGGGCGGACAUCAAGGAGCCGAUCACCACGCUGAUCGAUCUUGAUGUCGGGCUGCACCGGACCGGUGUUGAUCCCGGGCAGCCGGCGCUCGAUCUGGCGAGGCAUAUCGCGACGCUGCCGCAUCUGCGGUUGAUUGGAGUGCAAGGCUACGAGGGACACCUGCAGCACCUGCACGACAAGGAAGACCGCAAGCAGCAGUGCCUCGAGUCGAUGCGGAUUCUGACCUCGACCGCCGACCAACUACGCGAGGCCGGGUUUCAGAUUGAUGUCGUGACGACGGGCGGCACGGGCACGGCAGAGUUCUGUGCUUCAGUUCCGGGAGUCACCGAGCUGCAGCCCGGGUCGUUCAUUUUCAUGGACACAGACUACCGCAAUGCCGUCGGCACAUUCUACUCCAACAGCCUUACUCUCCUCUCUACAGUCGUCAGCAAACAGGCGUCCAACCAGGUCACCAUCGACACCGGGUUGAAGUCGCUCACGACAGACAGCGGCUUGGCUGAGUGCAAGGACACCAGGUACAAGCAUGCCAACCUGGGUGACGAGCACGGCUCGUUGACUUGGGAGGAGGACUCGGAUGCUCCGGCUCUGAAUGUGGGCGACCGGGUCGAGAUGGUGCCAAGCCAUAUUGACCCGACCAUCAAUCUGCAUGACGUCUAUUACGCGCAUCGCCAGGGAAUCAUUGAAGAGAUUUGGUCUGUCGACUCGAGAGGAAAAGUACAAUAG